UUAAAAUAUUCAAAAAAAUUACCUCACUAAGAAGGCAUAUACAUGUUUUACAUUAAUAUAAGUGGGGUGAUUUCUCACACUACCUAUAAGAAAAUUCCAAAAAUUCUCAUUAAGAAGGCCAUAAACAUUUUUUCACAUUAAUAUAAGUUGGGUGAUUUCUCACAUUACCUAUUAGAAUAUUCCAAAGUUUCUCAUUAAGAAGCCAUAUACAGUACAUUUUCACAUUAAUAUAAAGUUGGGUGGUUCCUCACAUUACCUAUUAGAAUAUUCAAAAAAAAUCUCAUUAAUCAGUUGACCCGUUCAAUAAUAACACCAAAAAUCAUUACAGAUUUUAAAAUGGGAAAAAAAAAUUGAACGUUGGGAACUCAGACUAGAUCGUAAGCAAGCGCCUCCCCCCUUAAUAAAAGCUAAAUUCGUUUAGGAAAUCCCCUAUAUAUUAAAAUAGAAGCAUUACAACAUAUUUUUGUAGCCACAUGUCAUCACCAUAAUCAUUCUUAGAAUCCUUAGUAAAAUAUGUUGGUCCAUAUAAAUAUAUAAUAAGUUUUUUAUUAAACUAACCAUAAAUUAAUCAUAAAUAUUUUUCAUUGUUUCCUUAAAUAAAAAACACGAAAUUACCUAAUGUGGCUAAAGUAUAUAUGACAAUUAAUGAUUUUGAAUAAUAAAGAUUUGAUAAAAAUCAGUCUAUUCUCUAUCAUUUUUAAUUUAUUUUAAAAUAAAUUAAACAACCACAUUAACUAUAUAAUAAAAAUUUAGAUUUUUUCGUAUAUGUUAUAUUUUGAAUUUUAAAAAACGAAUAUAAAUGACUAAAGUUGUUAAAAAUCUCACACUGAAUUUUUUGUGAUUCAUGAUUUAAAAUUUAUGUUAUAACAAGAUACAAAUGAUUACGAAAUUACAUAAGUAGGAAGUCUCAUUUAAUAAAUAUUAUAUAUAUGCAUAUUAAUAUUUUUUAAAAAUAAAUUAUAUACCAUAUAAAAUACAUAAGUAUUUUAAUUUCGAAUUUGACUUGGAAUUUUUUGAUAAACAUUUUGAACAAUUAUUGACAACUUAAUAUUUAGAUUUUAAACUUUGCAUUGAAUAUUUUUAAAAUUAUAAAUUACUAAAACUAUUAAACAUCCCAUAAAUGUUUUAUUGUUAUCAUUGAUUUAAAAUUUUUGUUAUAAAAAAUACAAACGAUCAAAAAUAAUAUUAGUAUAAAUAUUUUUUAAUAGAUGUCAAUGUUAAAAAUGUAUUAUAUAUCUAUGUUAAUAUCAUUUAAACUUAAUUUUAUAACAAAUAAAAUAGAAAAAAAGUUUUUGUCUGGAUAAAUAAAAUUUAUUUAAGUAUGUGUACCAAUUUAAUUAUAUAUGUAAUAGUUACUAAAUUUUUAAUUAUUCAAUAUAUAUUAAUUAUUUCAUAAUAUGUAAAAAAUAUAUAAUACUUAAAAAUAAUUUAUAUAUAAUAUUCAUCCCGCGCAAGGCGCGGAUGUUAACCUAGUUAAUAAUUAACAAAAAGACAGAUAAUUAAUUAAAGCUACUAAUUAAAAUCUAAGAGAGUCAAAGGCAUCACAAGCAAAGCAAAUCGCAGAUAAGAGAGAGAGAGGGAGAGAUUGGAAUCUGAAACUGACCAUCGAGAUUUACGUUUCUCCGUUUUCGUCACGCCGAAGCUUCCCUCCCUUCACCAGAAACACAUCCACAAAGUUUUUAGCAAAAAAAUUAGCAUCUCUCUACUCUCUUUCUCUACUGUUCAUCACUGAAUCUGUGUGUAAUGGCGAUUCCAGAUUCUAUAUUCUUUUCCGCUUUCGCCUUUAGCUCAAUCUUCUUCUUCACGAAAUGCCGUUGUUAAAAAAGUGAUACUCUCCACUCACUUAUCCUUCUUUCUCUUUGCAUUUAUUCCACUCCCACUCUUCUUCUUCUUCGAUCAGCUUCAGCUCUCAGGACUCUCCACUGAACCCACCUCAAAGUUAUCAGGUGAAUGAGCAAUAAACUUUGACGUGAGCGAGUUCAAAAUAUCAAUGAUGAGGAUUGUUGCGGCCUUCGUUUUCCUUUUACUCUCCCCAUUUGUUUCACCUGCCGACAUAGACUCAGACAAGCAAGCGCUUCUCGAGUUCGCAUCCCUCGUUCCCCACGUGCGCAAACUCAACUGGAACACAACACUCCCAAUCUGCACUUCCUGGACAGGCAUCACCUGCUCCAAGAACAACGACCGUGUAACCGCGCUCCGUCUCCCUGGCUCCGGACUCUACGGGCCAUUACCUGAGAAGACGUUUGAGAAGCUUGACGCUCUCAGGAUCAUUAGCCUCCGUUCCAACAACCUCCAAGGGAGCAUCCCAUCUGCUAUCCUCUCUCUUCCUUUCAUCAGAUCUCUCUACUUUCAUGAUAAUAACUUCUCUGGCUCUAUCCCUCCAACUCUCUCUCCUCGCCUUGUUAAUCUUGAUCUCUCCGCUAACGCGCUGUCUGGCAACAUUCCGGGGACUCUAAGGAACUUGACUCAGCUCACUGAUCUCAGCUUGCAGAAUAAUUCUCUUACCGGGCCUAUCCCUGACCUCCCUCCUAGCUUAAAGUACUUGAAUGUGAGCUACAAUAGCCUUAACGGUUCAGUGCCUUCUUCUGUCAAGUCCUUUCCAGCAUCUGCAUUUCAAGGUAAUAGCCUUUUGUGUGGAGGUCCUCUAACUCCAUGCCCUGAGAACACUACAUCACCAUCUCCUUCGCCGACUCCACCAGGUCCAGCCAAGAGUCCUGGUACAAGCAAAAGAGCUCUCUCUACUGCUGCUAUUGUCGGCAUUGCAGUUGGAGGUUCCUUUCUCUUGUUCAUCCUUCUUGCACUGCUGACUCUUUGCUGCGCCAAGAAGAAAGACAACGGGCAAGAGAGCACCACCGCGGCGGCGCCGAAAGCUAAACCCGGGAGGAGUGACAACAAGGCGGAGGAGUUCGGUAGCGGUGUGCAGGAGGCGGAGAAGAACAAGCUGGUGUUCUUCGAAGGAAGCUCGUACAACUUCGAUCUCGAGGAUUUGCUCAGAGCCUCUGCUGAAGUUUUAGGAAAAGGAAGCUAUGGGACGACGUAUAAGGCUAUCUUAGAGGAAGGAACCACUGUGGUGGUGAAGAGGCUGAAAGAAGUAGCAGCUGGGAAAAGAGAGUUUGAGCAGCAGAUGGAAGCUGUGGGAAGGAUCAGCCCACACGGGAAUGUAGCUCCUCUCCGUGCUUAUUACUUCUCUAAAGACGAGAAGCUACUCGUGUAUGAUUACUACCAAGGAGGCAACUUCUCCAUGCUUCUUCACGGAAACAACGAAGGAGGAAGAGGUGCGUUGGACUGGGAACAAAGGCUAAAGAUCUGUUUAGGAGCUGCAAAAGGAAUAGCUCACAUACACUCUUCAUCCGGUGCCAAACUCCUCCACGGUAACAUCAAAUCACCAAACGUCCUCUUAACGCAAGACCUCAACGCCUGCGUCUCGGACUACGGUAUAGCUCCUUUGAUGAGCCACCACACCUUGCUCCCAUCAAGAAGCUUAGGAUACAGAGCGCCUGAAGCCAUAGAGACACGGAAACACACUCAAAAAUCCGACGUGUACAGCUUUGGCGUGCUGUUGCUCGAAAUGCUGACGGGGAAAGCAGCAGGGAAGACGACGGGGCACGAGGAGGUGGUGGAUCUGCCCAAGUGGGUGCAGUCGGUGGUGAGAGAGGAGUGGACUGGGGAAGUGUUUGACGUGGAGUUGAUCAAGCAGCAGCACAACGUGGAGGAAGAGAUGGUGCAGAUGUUGCAAGUGGCGAUGGCUUGUGUGUCGAAGCAUCCGGAUUCUAGGCCUUCCAUGGAGGAAGUUGUUAACAUGAUGGAGGAGGUAAGGCCUUCUAAUGGCUCUGGUGCUGGUUCUGGUAAUAGAGCCUCUUCGCCUGAGAUGAUCAGAAGCUCUGAUAGCCCGGUUUAGAUUGGUUAUUUAUUUUCUUUCUGAAAUCAUUAUUUAUUUCGACUUUUUUACUUCUUUGGGAAUAAACCUUUUCGUAGUUGACUAAUUCAGCAUGUGAUUUGUUCUAAUCAUUACCUGGAAAAGUAGUGUAAUUGAAACUCUCUCUAUCUUUUAGUCCUCAGAUUGUUCUUUUUUUUUUUGUUAUUGUGUUGUGUGGUUAAUAUAUUUUCCAUUUCUCU